UAUAAUAAAUAUAUUAUCUCUCUACCAAUGCCUAUCACUAAUAUUAUUAGACUAAUAAUCAAUAUCGAUAAUAUUGCUUAUUAGGCACUAGUUGCAGCAGCUGCUGAAUAUUGAAGUGAUUUGUAUGUAUAUAAUGCUUUGAUCAUAUACAAUGGAACAUGGAUAGAGCUAUAAGCAAUACAACUUGACGCCAGCAUAUCAGGUAGGCAUUUUACUUCUACGCAUGUGCAAAGUAUUAUCAGUCUUAUCAAAACCCACCUAAUAAAAUAAAUAUAAUAAAUGCAUAAUCUCAUUGUUGAUACUUUUAUUUAAUUAUCGUAAGGUUUAAAUUUUCGAAAUUAAUUAUUCAAACAUUGUAGUAGUUCACAAUAAUAUUAUUAACGUUCAAUCGUUUAAAAUUACGAAAUACGAAUUAAGAUAUAUCUUAAUCCGUGUUUAAAACUCACAACUAUCUGUUAAUUCAUCAUCGUAUUGUUUAAUGUCUACCAUUUUCGUUAGGUAGUAUAUAUCCAUGGAUUGGUGAUAAUAAGUAUGAAUUUAUUUUGUUAUUAAAAUUUCAAAUUGUUGUUUUUGAAUUUAUUAGCACUGUUAUUUGACAUCGUAAUGAUGGCUAUAUCAUCUACUAAACAAAACGGUUUAUUAUUAAGUGAAAAUAAUUACUUCAAAACAAAAUGUAAAGCAUUAAAUGAAAUUAUUAAAAACAACGUUUUUGUAAGUAUAUUGUGCGUUAUUUGUUAAAGUGUUCUUUUCAAAUCUUAUUCAAUAAAUAAUAAUGGUUUUUGCAUAUUAUUACAAGGAAAAUGCUGCUAUUUGUGAUGAAAUAUCAUGUACUCAAGAAAAAUUAAUAAUUGUACAAGAAGAAUGCAAAUUCUUAAUGAAAAAGUUGAAGUCAUUUGAAACACAAAUUGGUAAUAAACAGUUUAUUCCAAAAAUUAUAGAUAUUAAUUUUAUGUGUUAAUUUUCUAAUUGGGUCUGGUAAUGUUCAAUGUUGACAUUAUCUAGUUAAAAUUAAUAUUAAUUUUAAACUUGUAAUAAUAUGUAUUGAUUUUCAGGUAUAAUAAAUGAAAAUCGGACUACAGUGAGAAAGUCUUAUAAAAAAAAAAAAGGAAAUAUUGAUGGUAUUUAUAUUUGUUAUAAUUAAUUCAUAUUUCAAAAAUUAUUUAUCUUAGAAGUGUUUUUACAAUGUCUUGUAGUGUUUAUUAAUGCUGACCGUGGUUAACUGACAAAAAAAAAACACUGUACUAGGUUAUUUAAGAACAGUCUUUAAUUUAUUUUAAGUUAUACUUUUAUAAUUUCGAUUAAUUUAAUAUAAUAAUGUAUUGAUUUUUCAGGUGUCAAUGAGACAAUAAUUAAUAAUUUAUUUCCCCUAAAAAAAGAAAAUGUAAAUAGUAUUUAUAUUUUUUAAAUCUUAAAUUAAUUAUUGUCCCAAUAUGUUUCAAGUUAUAUAAUUGUAUAUUCUUUUGAUUUUAAUUAAUAUACUAUACUUAAUAAAGUAAUUAUCAGAUAUAGUAAAUAUAGAUCAGUCUAUAGUCAAUGCAGGCGCUUGUAUAAGGGAGGAUUUAGAGGUUCAACCCCUCCUUCAAAACUUCAUGAAAAUUAUAAUGAAAGUAGAUUUUUAGAAGAGUCUCAUGAGUGGUUUAUAUUAAUGAAAAAAAUAAAUACAAUUUUGGUUUUAUUUUAAUUUUAUUAUUAGAUGAAAGAUAUAUAUUGUUAUUAUUGCCAUUUAUAAUUUUUUGUGGUUUUCCUGCUUUUAGAUAAUUAUAACAGCGAUUUUGCAUAUUUAGUAUUAUCACACAAUAAUAUGAAUUAUGUUAUCAUUUAAGCUGUAUUCACUAAAACAAUAUUUAAUUAAAAUUUAGUAACAGGUUAAAAUGAAAUAAUGAAAUUUUUAGAGAAAAAUAAAGAAUCUUAUAAUUGAAAGUAUGUAAACUUCUUUGUUAAGAGAGUAUGAAAGUGUGCAACCUUAACCCCCUCCCCCUGAAAUAUUUUUUUGUGAACACCUGAGUCAAUGAGUCCUCUAUUAAAAAAAAAGUGUAUUAAUGAUAUUAAUUUUUGUAUUUUAAUUAAAAAAUAUAUUAAUAUCUGUUGAAUUUUAGGUAAAGUAUAUGUCAAUCAGACUAUAGUUAACAACGCCACUACAGAAAAUAAAGGAAAUA